AUGGCCAGGCUAUUUGAUCCUGAGCAGACAGUCCCCACGAUUGCAGAGAGUCAAGACCUCAUUGAGCGCACAUGCUACGAGGAGAUUAUUGAAGAUCAUUCUGAGCCUGCCCCUUCUCUGGAACUGUACAAGUUCUCUAAUGAUGAGUACUACAACGAAGACAAGAGCAACCAUAUGUUCUGCACAAUAACCAAGACCUUCGGUGAUCGCUCGUCCAUGAAGGCCACGUUAACAGCCCAGGAGUGCCUGGCAGCACAAGGGAAGACAAUGAGGGUGUACCUCAAGAUUAACAACCUCGAGGCAUACAUUUUUAUCAACACCGGCAGCAUGAUCAAUGCCGUAAGCUCCAACUUCGCUAAAGUCACAGAAUUUAAGCCUUUCCCAUUGUCAAACCCUAUCAUCCUACAACUGGGUUGUUCAGGUUCGUGGUCGAAGAUUCGCUAUGGCAUGCAGCUGCCCAUACCUAUUGGUCCCACCAUGCACAACUUUUACUUUGACGUUGCAUCUCUAGAUCACUAUGAUCUGAUCAUAGGGACCCAGAUCAUGCAGGAUGUUGGGAUGGUCCUGAACUUCUGUGACUACAUCAUUUGCAUAGGCUCCACCACCCUACAUGCGCUUGAAGGGAAAGAAGAUGGGCCUACCAAACAACAAACUCAACGGAACCACAUUCUGGGUGACAGACAGACGCAACGCUGUCCGACUGCCUUGUUAUCAUGA